UGCUGAGACAUGGCGGAGCUUGCAGUUUUGUGGGAUAUCUCUUAAAGAGUUGCGGUACUUUCUAGCAGUCCGUUCAGCGAAAGAAGAACAAAAAAGACUAAAAGAAAAAGGGCAAAUGCAGUUGUAACUGCUUACGAUGGAAGCGGUCGAGAAAAUGGGCGAAAUGUAGGACUUUUGGGACGGUGGGAAAAUGUACUGCUGUUUCAUAGUGCAGUCAACAGCCUUAGGCAACAAAUAUGGCUACUUGUGUCUCUUUCAAUUUGCGAUGAAAAGCUGCUCAACUCGGCCAUUCAUUACAAUGGCUGCGGUGCCGAUUUCCUAAAAGUGACCACCCUUAAGAAGUUCUUGCGUGAUCAUUUUUACGGUUUUGAAGGAUUUCGCUGACGAAGAGGGCGCAGAAAGAAGCGAACAGCCAUGGAACCUAAGCACAAAGAGUUGUUAGAUCAAUGCCACCAGAACUUAUUGGAGUCCAUUACAGAUGCUGACCGGGUGGUAGAGUUGUUGGGUAAAUCUGGUACCCUGAGCCAGCUGGAGAGGUAUGAAUUGGACAAUAACUGUUCGACGAGCUCGGAGAAAGUGGACCUUCUCUUGAAGAUGCUGAUGAAUAAGGAGAGAGAUCAUUUCCAGGACCUGUGCAUGGCCCUUGAAAAGACGCACCCACACCUGUAUUCGGCUCUCUUCUUGAACGGCGGAGGACCUGUGGACCAUUCCUCCGGGUCUACCUACAGUGUCUUGUCCACAAUGCCAUCGGACUCUGAAAGCAGCAGCUCCCUCAGCAGCAUAGGUACGACCGGAAAAGCCUCCUCCCCUCCGCCGGCGCUGAUCGACAAUCGGCAGAUGAGCGAGAAGCUGGAGACCAUCCUGUUCCAGCUGCGGCAGGUGACGCGCGAGCGGGACGAACUGCGCAAGCGCCUCGCCCUGUCCUCGCCCGGCACCACCUUCGACGACUGCCGGCCAAAUUCCAAAGCGGGUCACGACUACGAGCGGCUGAAGAUGCAGUGCAUGAAGGCCAUGGCCGACCUGCAGUGCCUGCAGAACCAGCACACCAAGACGCUGAAGAGGUGCGAGGAGGCGGUGAAGGAGGCCGACUUCUACCACACAUUGCACAGUCGCCUCCUGAGUGACCAGUCGCAGCUGAAGGAGGAGAUGGACGCCAUGAAGAGGGACAACUCCCAGCUGGUGCGUGAACACAACCACCUGAAGCAGAACUGCGAGGAGCUGAGGAGACUGCACGAUGAGGACCAGAAGGAGGUGGCCAACAUGAGGCUUCAACAGCAACAGGUAAUGAGAGAAAACGGGUCAUCGGAGAUCCUCAACAAGCUCUACGACACUGCCAUGGACAAGCUGGAGGGCGUGAAGAAGGAGUACGACGCACUGAGGAAACGGUACAACGAGAAGACGGCCAAUCACAACACGGACCUGAGCCGGCUGGAGCAGGCGGAGGAGGAGAACCGGCGCCUUCAGAAGCAGAUAGACGUGCUGAUGAAGCAGAGGGACACGGCCAUACACUACCAGCAGCAGUAUUCGUCCUCACUCAGACGGUUUGACUCGGUCCAGCAGGAGCUCAACAAGGCGACGGCGCAGAACAAAGAGCUGCAAAGGGAAGUGGAGCGCCUGCAGUCUGAGGCCACGCGCUACAAGACCCUCCAGCUGAAGGCCGUGAAGGACUCGGAGAAGUACAAGGAGGAGCGCGACUCGGUGUUCAACGAGUACCGCCUCAUCAUGAGCGAGCGCGACCAGGUCAUCAAGGAGGUGGACAAGCUGCAGACGGGGCUGGAGGUGGCCGAGGCCAAGCUGAAGAACACGUCCUCGGAAAGGAAGGUGGCCAGCGAGGAGAUGGAAGCACUUCGUCAAGAGCUGAGCUCAGCGCUGGUGGAUCGGGACCGCGCCAUCUGCGAAAGGAACGAGCUGCUGGAGAAAUACUGCCACGAGGUGAAGGACAAGGCCGAGGCCCAGAAAGAGCUGAACCAGGCCUGCAAGGACAUCGAGACGGUGCGGGAGGAGAGGGACGUGGCCCGCAAGGAGCGCACGGAGGCCAUCAUCCAGAGGGACCAGCUGCUCCGGGAGUACUACCAAGCCAGACAGAAACAAGACUCUGCCACUUUGGAUAUGGAGAGAGCGAACAAAGAGAUCGAGAUGCUGAGGAAGCAGUAUGAGGCCAUGUCCCAGGAGCUGAAGGAGGCGGUGCAGGAGGCCGAAGUGGCCAAGUGCCGCAGAGACUGGGCCUUCCAGGAGCGGGACAAGAUCGUGGCCGAGAGGGAGAGCAUAAGGACGCUGUGUGACAACCUAAGGAGGGAGAGGGACAGAGCGGUGAGCGACCUAGCCGAGGCCCUGCGCAACCUGGACGACAUGAGGAAACAGAAGAACGAUGCCUCGCGGGAGCUCAAGGAGCUGAAAGAGAAGAUGGAGAACCAGCUGGAGAAAGAGGCUCGGUUUCGGCAGUUGAUGGCCCACAAUUCUCACGAUUCGGCUAUCGACACCGAUUCUUUAGAGUGGGAGACGGAGGUGGUGGAGUUUGAGAAAGACAGGGAGGAUAUGGAUUUGAAAGCACUUGGAUUUGAUGUAGCUGAGGGGGUAAAUGAUCCAUAUUUACCAGGAGAUUGUGGAAUAUUUGUGACCAAGGUGGACAAAGGAAGUAUUGCAGAUGGAAGGCUAAGAGUGAAUGAUUGGCUGUUGAAGAUAAAUGACAUUGACCUCACCAAUAAGGACAGAAAGCAGGUCAUCAAAGCUGUUCUCAACGGUGGAGGAGUAAUCAACAUGGUGGUUCGCAGGCGGAAAUCUUUGGGCGGGAGAAUCAUUACUCCCAUACACUUAAAUCUGGUGGGACACAAAGACAGUGGUAUCAGCUUGGAGAGCGGGGUGUUUGUGACUGCUGUUGUACCAGGCAGCCCAGCUGCUCGAGAGGGGUCCCUCACGGUUGGAGACAGACUUAUUGCUAUAAACGGAAUUGCACUAGAUAACAAAUCACUGACUGAAUGUGAAGCUCUGCUGCGGAACUGCCGGGAUUCUCUCAGUCUCUCACUAAUGAAGUUCUUCCCACAGAGUUGCUCGGGGCAGAACAUUUUCGAAAACCUUAGAGACACGGAGAAGAGCUCCAACUGCCGGCUUCACUCCUCGGAGGUGCACGUGCGGAAUUGCCGAAACUUGAAACACAACAGCUCGACCCAAACAGACAUCUUCAACCCGGACGGCGGGGACGGGAAGAAGGAGCGGGGCGACACCGAGGAGGCGUCCCUCUGCCACCACAAGCCCUACUCCAUGGGCUCCCUGCACGGCCACUCCCACCGGCCCAGCGCCGAGCUCAGCCCGGGCCCGCUGAGCGCCCCCAUGUUCCCGGAGCGCUGCUACAGCCGGGCCGACCCGGACAAGCGGCAGUUCACCUUCGACCCCUCGGCGGGCGACUGCAUCACCGUGGAGACCACGCUGGAGAAGGGGCCGGCGCAGAAGCACAGCGGCGGCACCUGGCCCAAGAUGGUGGUGGGCGCCUCGGCGGCCGACAGCCCGCACCUGUCCAUUUUCAAGGUGCCCAAGCAGAGGAAGUCCAUCUUCGACGCGGACACCUUCAAGAGGCCGGAUGCCGCCUCCAAGCUGGACUACCUGUCCCCGGCACAGCUGCCCGCCCACUCCCCGCAGGCCUCCAAAGCCGAGACUGCGCAGGCCCCGCCCACCCCGCCCACACGCAGCGACUCCUUCAAGUUCAAGCACAAGCAGCAAACCAGCUCCGCCUCCGACUCCACAGUGACGGCGGGCUCCCCGCCCACCACACCGGUGCAGUCGCCCGCCGCUCUGGGAGGCAAGCCCGAGGCGGUGCUGGAGGCCCGCGACAGGAACGGCAACCAUUACUUCAUGGAGGGCGGCGGGGACUGCAAGGUCCUCGCCUCCAGGAAGUCUUGCGAGGAAGACCUCAGCCGCCAGAGGGGCGAGGAGCCAGAGGUGAAGAGGCGCAGACCCAAAUCGGCGCCUGCCCUGAGGCGCAAGAUGACCCCCCUGCAAAUUCCCAUUCCAACACUACAGGUACAGAGCUUCUCUAAUGACGAGCAGUCCCCAGAGCCCACCGAGCUGGUGCGCUUCUCCCCAAAACGCACCCACCGGCACAGCGUGGGCUUCGCACCUCCAGCCUACAACGGCUCAAUGGCGGCACACUCGGCGCACAGAGGUUUGGCUCCGUGCCCUGCGGUAACGGCUGUAAUGAGAAAUCCAAUUUACACCGCCUGGAGCCACCGGGUUCACACUAAUAACUGUCCUUCAGUCCCCAGCCAAAUCUGCCAUCCGCAUUCACAUCCCAGUCCCCAGCAUCAAGGUCGUCUGAGCUUGGACCUCAGCCACAAGCGCUCCAGUGACUUCUCUGAGUCAUCUCGCAGCCGGACGCCACACGGUACCAACUCCCUGCCAUCCAGCGCUCGACUGGGUUCAUCUAGUAAUCUACAGUACCGCACAGAGCGGAUUAAAAUCCCGUCUACCCCACGGUAUCCACGGUCCAUGCUGGGUUCAGAUAGAGGUUCCCUAUCACAUUCUGAGUGCAGCAGCCCCAGUCUGAUCACUCCUCCUCAGUCACCACUUAACCUGGAGACCUCCUCCUUUGCCAGCAGCCAAUCACAGAGCUCCAUUUCCACCCUGCCAAGAAUAUCUGUCAGUCCUGUUCCAAUAGGAGAGCGCAGGAAGGACAGAUAUCUGUUCCGUAACAGAUCGUUUCUGAGAAUCCCUGUGGCUCCUAGGCCUAGAUUCUCUUCACUAAGAAGCCUGAGGCCGUAUUUGGAAGAGCCAAGGAACGUUAUUGUACACAAAGGAGCGGAGCCUUUAGGUAUCUCCAUUGUCAGCGGGGAGAACGGAGGGAUCUUUGUCUCCAAGGUGACAGGAGGCAGCAUAGCUCACCAGGCAGGGCUGGAGUUCGGGGACCAGCUGCUCGAGUACAAUGGAAUUAACCUGCGCAAUGCUACGGAGCAGCAAGCUCGCUUGAUCAUCGGUCAGCAGUGCGACACCAUCACCAUUCUGGCACAGUACAACCCCCACAUGUACCAGCUGGGCAACCACUCACGGUCCAGCUCUCGGAUGGAACCAAUCAGCAAUCAGUCGACUCCUCAAGGCAGCGGAGCCACGACUCCUGACAAUCACUCCACUAUUGACACUCUGAGCGAACAGGACGAGGGCACCAUGACUCCUCCCUCCAAACAGACCACCCCCACCACCAGCCCUCGCAGCUCCAUCAGAAUGUCUACGGAGGCAGCCAAGAAGAUUCCGGAGCCGAGGCUGGUGACAGUGAAAAAGACCCAAGUGGAGCUGGGAAUCCAGAUAUGCGGGGGCAACCUGCACGGCAUCUUCGUGGAGAAGCUGGAGGAGGACAGCCCGGCUAAAAAUGCAGAUGUCCUGAUGCCGGGAGACCUGAUCUUAGAGUAUUGUUCAGUAAUCAUGAAGAAUAAGACUGCAGAGGAGGCCUACCUGGAGAUGCUAAAGCCCGCAGAAACAGUCACUUUGAAACUCCAGCACCGUAUCGAUGAGUUCACCAUGCUCAAGGACUCUCCUGGGGAUGGAUUCUAUAUAAGAGCACUUUAUGACAGGGUGGCGGAGAUGGAGCUAGACCUAAGUUUUAAGAAGGAUGACAUCCUCUACGUCGACGAUACUCUACCAAAGGGCAAUUUCGGGUACUGGAUGGCCUGGCAACUUGAUGAGAAUGCUCAAAAGCUUGAAAGAGGGCAGAUUCCCAGUAAAUACAUGAUGGACCAGGAGUUCUACCGGAGGCACAGCAUGUCAGAGCUGAAGGAUGAAAAUGGCUCUAGCAAGACCCUCUCGGCCGCCGCUCGGAGGUCCUUCUUCCGCAGGAAACACAAACACAAACGCAGCGGAUCAAAAGACGGGAAAGAUCUGUUAGCCCUCGAUGCCAUAAGCACGGAUUCCAUUCCAUUCUUGGAGGACUGUGUGAGCCUCGCCUACCAGCGGGUGCAGAAGGUGGAGAGCACCUCUCCCAGACCGGUCUUGAUCCUGGGGCCGCUGGUGGACGCUGUCAAGGACAUGUUGGUUAAGGAAUCCCCAGGGAAAUUCUGCCGAUGCGUACUUGAAGUGAUGAAGGCUUCCCAACAAGCGAUAGAACGUGGCGUAAAGGAUUGCCUGUUCAUUGACUAUAAGCGAAGGAGCGGCCAUUUCGAUGUGACGACUGUCGCUUCCAUAAAGGAAAUAACAGAGAAGGAUUGUCACUGUUUGCUUGACAUUGCACCUCACGCCAUUGAAAGGCUUCACAGCGUUCACAUUUACCCAAUCGUCAUUUUCAUUCGGUACAAAAAUGCAAAGCAAAUAAAGGAACAGAAGGAUCCUGUGUUUCUGCGGGAUAAAGUUUCUCAAAAACAUUCCAAGGAACAGUUUGAGGUUGCACAGAAAAUGGAACAGGAAUACAGCAAAUUCUUUACAGGUAUUGUCCAGGGCGGUAGCUUAUCCUACAUUUGCACUCAAAUCAUGACCAUUGUUGAUCAAGAGCAGAAUAAAGUCCUGUGGAUUCCAGACGGAUCUGCCUAGACGUCGAAAGCAGCCACUGAAGCCUGCAGCCUUUGCAUCGAUGUAGAAAAACAAAAACACUAAAACCUUAACUAAAUGAAGGGGUACAAUACACUGAACAGUAUACUCAAACAGUGAUUUGUUCACACUUUGUCUGCGUUUUUAUUACUGCGAUCAAUAUAACCUGUAACACAAAGCUUAAGUUACAUUCGUCUGCAGGCGUAGAAUUCGUAUAGCACUGACGUUUUUGUUUUACUUUUUAGUUUUUUUUUUUCCCUCCUUUCAGAACAUCUGAUUUUAUUAGUGAUGCUGCAUUUGAAACACUCGUUUACAAAAACAAAAUAUUUUCAGAGUAUUUUUACGUAAUGCUUACUUGAAUGUGUACUUCUCGUAGCGCCCCCCUCCCCCCUCCCCUUCCAAGCCCGCAGUCCCUCCCCAAAUAAAACUUUGUCAUCAGGAUGAAGUCAAUGCAUGUGAGUGAAGAGUUUACUGGCUAUAUGGAAGUGCCUUUUGAAAUUGAGCGUCUGACAACAGGGUUAUCUUGGGGCGAGGCUUAACUUCGGAGGAACCUAAAACACUUCAGUUCAAUCCUUUACAGGACAGACCACUGUGUUUUAAUAAUCUCUUUUUUUUUCUUCUUGUCUCUACGAUCUUAAUGUCUAAUUAAUUAACUAAUAACUAGGUUAUGACCUAGUGGAGUGUAGCAGUUGGUAGUCAGCUCUUAGCAAAGAUUAGCAUGUUGUUUUUUUUCCAGUUUUGUUUUUGUUUGUUUUGUCACU